AUGAGGCUGCACAUCAAAGUUGAGAGAUAUAGGGGACGUAGAGGCCCCACACAAUGCUACAGAUGUCAGCGAUAUCAUCAUGCACAAGCGGCAUGUAAUCACCCACCACGCUGCUGCAAAUGUGCGGGAGACCACGAAAGCCGAGAUUGCCUCAAACCCAAGGACUCUGAAACCACGUGUUGCAACUGCCUUGUAAAACAUACUAGCAAAUGGAGAGGUUGUGAUGCCUUUCCCAUACAGAAACCCGAAGCUGACGCUAUCCCUAAAAAUGAGGACCGAUUUGUGGUAAACAAAUCCUAUGUUCAGGCUGCUAAGUCUGGUAUAUUUGCUGAAAAAAUUACUAAGGCAGUUUUAGAAGCCAAAAAAGUUAUGCAAAACUUACAGGACCUCAUUUCUCUGUUACAUAACUCUCAUCACAUGAUCACUGAACCCAACUUAGUAAGACCUCAAUCUAUCUCUAGUUAUGAACCUUAG